CAAGCUCUUCUUCUCGGCCCUCUCAAACAGAGUACCCCAGCCCCUGUUCACCGCACGCGCACAGACUCAGAAACAGAGAGGUAGAUAUCUCGUUAACCGUAUGUAAUGGGAAGGCCACCUUGCUGCGACAAAGUUGGGAUCAAGAAGGGCCCUUGGACUCCCGAAGAAGACAUAAUUUUGGUGUCUUAUAUUCAAGAACACGGACCCGGCAAUUGGAGAUCUGUUCCCACUAACACAGGUCUCAUGAGAUGCAGUAAAAGUUGCAGACUCAGAUGGACCAACUAUCUUCGUCCUGGUAUCAAGAGAGGCAACUUCACCGAUCACGAGGAAAAGAUGAUCAUCCAUCUCCAAGCUCUGCUCGGCAACAGAUGGGCUGCUAUAGCUUCGUAUCUCCCACAGAGGACGGACAAUGACAUAAAGAAUUAUUGGAACACCCAUUUGAAGAAGAAGAUGAAAAGGCUUCAGACUGGGACGGAAGGUGACGACGAAGAAGACGACUCGUUCUCACAGCCCAAGGGCCAGUGGGAGAGAAGGCUUCAAACGGAUAUCCACAUGGCCAAACAGGCUUUGUGCGAGGCUCUGUCUCUGGACAAGCCAACUGAGACCGAAAACAAGCCCCCCAAUCCCACAGUCCAAACAUCCCCUUACGCAUCAAGCACCGAAAACAUAGCCCGAUUACUCCAGAACUGGAUGAACAAAUCCCCAAAGAACCCAACACAACAAACAAAUUCACCGCCAGGACCCCGCUUCAUCAACUCGGGCACAUCAGGUUCCAGUUCGUCCGGCGAAACAGCGACAUAUAAUAGCAGUAGUAACAACACUGUGCUAGAUUCUGUAUGGAGCUUCAAGUCUGAUACUUCUCAACAAUCUGGGUCUGUGGACGACAACACCAUCAACAGUAUGUUCCAAGACGAAACCAAGCCGAGCUCGGAGUCGCAGCUUCCUCUGACUCUAAUCGAGAAUUGGCUCUUCGAUGAUGGGGUAGCUCAGAACCAGGAUGACCUGAUCAACGACUCGGUCCUUCUGGAAGAAACUAGUCCACAAUUGUUCUGGAAGAAAACUUAAAGCUUGAGCCAGACAGGGGUUAUGCUUGUACGAGUCAAAAUCACGUCAUUAAACUACAGAAAACGGAUAUUAAUAUGUCCUAAGAAUCGCAUUCCGUGUGAGUAAGGCUCGAAGGUUUCUUUAUUUUUUCUUUUUUGCUUGGUUGUUUUAGCCUUUUAGGUCCCUCAGCUUAGAACUUUCCCUGAGUAAGAACGGAAGAUGACCCUUUCUUACUCUCCAGACAAAGUGACAAACAAACCAAAGUGUACAUUACAGGUUUCUCCUAUAUCAUCCUAAAGAUAUGUACCAAAUAAUCAAUUUUUACAUACAUACAUAUAUAUGUGUGUGUGUAUAUGUUCUCCUCUACUUAUACAACUAGUAUGUGUGUGAAUUUUUGAGCUCUUAUCA